AUGUCAAGCUACGACCGAGCGAUCACCGUGUUUUCACCGAAUGGACACUUGUUUCAAGUCGAGUACGCUUUGGAGGCGGUGAGUAAAGGAUUGGUCUCUGUUGGUGUGAAAGGCAAAGAUUGCAUCAUCUUUGGAAUUGAGAAGAAGUCCAUCGCUAAGUUACAAGACCCACGAACUGUUCGAAAGAUCCAACAGAUCGACCAACACAUAUACACAACGUUCGCAGGGUUGACCGCAGACGCCCGCGUCUUAAUUAAUAAGGCUCGUCUUGAAGCGCAAAACUAUCGUAUGUCUAUGGAAGAUGCUCCAACAGUUGAGUAUGUCACAAAAGCAGUUGCAAAUUACCAACAAAAAUAUACACAACAAGGCGGAUCAAGACCGUUUGGUAUUUCGACACUAAUUGGAGGCUUUGACCCCGAUGGAACUCCAAGACUCUACCAAACAGAUCCUGCUGGGACUUGGACUGAAUGGAAAGCUCAUGUUGUUGGACGUAAUGCAAAAACAGUCGACGAGUACUUAGUCAAGGGAUUUGAAGACAAUAUGGACAUCGAGAAAGCACUUGUUGUUGUUGUGAGAGCACUUUUGGAGGUGGUUGAGAGUAAGAAUAACAUCGAUAUCGCCGUCUUCACACCCGACUUUAAAAUGACGAUGAUUGACGACAACAAACUCUCGCAAAUUGUCCAACAAAUCGAGAAGGACAAAGUUGCCGAGGCCGGAGAGAAGAAACCAAUUUUGCAAUAA